UUCACUAAGCCACCGCACCCGGAGACAGCUUGUAAACAUAUUGGCAAGUGAUAUGACCGAGAGACAUGGCAGGUUUCCCUCCCGUCAGCAAAAGGAGAAGUAUGCCCUAGGAAUUAUUACUGUCUUUCCUUCACUGAAGGAUCCCUUUUCUCCAAAGGGCUAUGAGCAUUUCUACGAUGGCGUGAAAGGGACUGGAUAUUUAGCAUGGCGCCUCAAGACCAUGACUAGGUCUACAACUAAACGGCCAGUGAAGGAAGUCUCAGUGCCUCAAGAACAAGGGCCAAAGCGCCGAAGAUCAGCAACCACACUGCCUCAGCAACUUGAUGGAGAUGCCUGCAAGGAGGCCAUUUCAUUUCUUGUUCACUCUCCUGAUGAAUCCUUCUGGUCCUCCACUCGUCGUCCUCCGAGAAACACCGGCCGCCGCCGGGUUGACCCCAGCUUGCUAGCCAGCCUACCCAGGUCGGCUAGCGCUACUGUCCUGAACGACAGCUCCACCGUCAACUUCGGGCUUCUGAACAUCCGCUCACUCACGAGCAAGGGCCAUCUCGUCCAGGACUACCUCACCGACCGUAAGCUUGACUUUUUCUGUUUGACAGAGACGUGGCAGCAGCCUAAUGACUUUUCACAACUCAACGACGCUACCCCUCCUGGGUUUGUUUACAUCCCGUGGCUCAGGUCGCGGCAGAGGUCUCGCGAUAAUUCAUCGCGAGAAGUGGAAGGUGAUUCCCGUCUCUGUCCCUGCAUCCAGCUCAUUUGAGUGCA